AUGGAGGUGACCACAGUGUCCCCAUCUCCUGUCUCACCCACUGAAGGGGACCAUCUGUGUGAGACUGAUGUCACCACCGUGGCCACACACAGUGUGACACUGCUCAUCUGCCUCUGUGGGCUGGCUGGGAACGGGGCUGUCAUCGGCCUCCUCGGCCUGAAGGGUGAUAAAUUUAUCAUCCAAAACCUGGCUGUCAUUGACUUCCUCAUCCUUCUCCUCACAUUCCCAUCCGCCCUCCUCUUCCUGGUGGAGGACGUGUCCUGCUCUCCUAUCCUGCCCCUGGUGUACCUGCGUUUCCUUUUCCGACUGUCAGUGGUCUCCUGCUACUGGGGGCCGUUCUGGGUGACAUCUUUCAGCAUUGAGGUGGGUAUCGAAAUGCUCUUGGAGCUCUGCUACCGCCGUGACCUUCCUGAGGAACUGUUUUUUCUGGUGAUGAGUGUCCAGUUUUGGGCUUUCUCUGCUCUCCUCAGUGAGGCUCCCACAGUGACACUCCUGUGCCCAGCCAACGAGCAGGAGCACUGCCGGGCAGCCCUCAUUGCUGUGUGGGCCAUCAUCCUGCUCCUCUUUGUUGUACCCAUGACUGUGCUGGUAAUUUACAGCACGAUUGCUUUGAUUAAAGCCAGGUGUGGCUCCCAGCAGAAGCAACCCAAGGGAAGGGACAUUGUUAUUGUCUUCACUGGUCCCUUCACUCUCCUUUUCCUCCUCUGGAAUUUCCUGCAGGAGCUUGGUUACAUUGUUGUGCCCUCCCAUUUUUUUUUCCUGCUCACCUGCAUCUACAGCAGCAUCAAGCCCUUCAUCUACUUCUUAGCAGGGAGGUGCUGGAGGUCCUGCUCUGUGGAGUCCCUCCGGCUCUCCCUCCAGAGGGUCUUUGAGGACCUAGAAUAAAACGCUGCCCACAGCAAUGAUCCUGCCUUGGACACUGGGGUCUGAGCCUGUUGAUCCCUUGCACUGCACUGCUGAAGGACCCUGGGACAGUGGCUGAGAGAUUCCUUGAGUCUCCUGGUCAGUAAAUGCCCACAGUGUCACCCUCCCUGUGCUGGGGCAUCCCCAGCCCCUUUCCAGGCUGCUCUGGGCUCUGAUCCGUGCUUGUGAGGCCUCAGCCUUGAGGAGCAGCCCCUGGGCUCAGCUGCUCUGGCGCUGAUCACAAACACCCUCUGCUCCCAGGAACUGCUGCUGUCCAACCACCUCCUGGGCCUUUAUCAACAGCCUUGGGAAUUGUUUUCCUUCCCUGAAGGCCACAGCAUCCCUGCUCUCCCACUUUCCCAGAGAGCUGCCUGCCCGAAGUGUGGCCAGGGUGAAACAUUGCUGUGAGUGACGCCCAUCCCUUGGGCCUGUGAGCAGCGGCCCAAAAGGAGACCCUUGGAGCUCUCCUGGGCCCAGCAGCGCUGAGCAGAAGCUCCCUGGGAGUGGGGCCUCUCCGAGCUGGGAUCUGUCCCGUCUGCUGCCCUCGGCUGAUCCCCGAACGCCGACGGCUCCUGGGCCGAUCCCCCAGUGCUCCAGGCCCAGCCCUUGGCUCGGUGAGGAGAUGCAGAGGGAUCCCCAGGGAGCAUUUCACUGCCUGCCAGGGGAAUUUCUCACAGGGACCUUGCACUGACUCUUUCUGGCCGUGUGCACACACGUGUGCAGCUGCUGUGCAAAUGUGGCACAAAUGCUGCUCUCUCAGGUGUGUUAGUGCCUGAGACAUCUGAGUGGGUCAGGCCUGGAAGCAAGUGUCAGGCAUAACAAAGGUUAAAUGUUGCUAUUUGAUUUUCCCCUGCUGAAUUGCUAAUAUUAAUGUAUAAAUGAAGUACUGCUAAGUUGGAGUGCUGUAAAGGGUUUGGGUUUGGGCCAUUUUCCUUUAAAUGCUUACCCUCACUGUCCUUUUGUCUCCUGCCGAUGAACACACACACAAACACACACACAGGGACAGCACUUUGGUGUGCUCUUGCUUAAUAUUAAACCUGGUUUUUACUGAUGUCCUUGCUGCUGGUUUUGUGCCUUCAGAAAUUCUCCCUCUGCCCUGGCUUUGGGCUCUCCCUCAGCAGGCUCGGAUGGUCCCAGAUGCAAGGGGAGGGGGAGUCCAUGGUCCUCAGCAGAGCCAGCCCCUUCCAGGAGCAGGGUGACAUCUGUGUUUGUCACCGUUGUCUCCACGGGGCAUCAAUCCUCGCCCUGUGGCUUUGCUGAGUCUCUGAGCUCGGGAUGUUCAGCCUGGAGAAGGGAAGGCUUCAGGGAGCCUUAAAGCCCCUUCCAGAGCUUUAAGAGGCUCCAAGAACUGGAGAGGCGCUUUGGACAAAGGCCUGGAGUGACAGGACAAUGGGGAAUGGCUUUCCACUGCCAGAGCACAGGUUGAAGUGGAAUAUUGGCAAGAAAUUCUUCCCUGUGAGGGUGGAGAGGCCCUGGCACAGGUUCCCACAGAUGCUCUGGCCUCCCCAUUGCUGGAGGUUGUACCAGGCCUGGCUGGAUGGGGUUUGAAGCAAUCUGACCUAGUGGAAGGUGUCCCUGCUUGCAAAGGGGUGAGAUCAGGAAAAAACAACCACAAGUAUUCCCAGGACUGAGGAGGAGAAUGAUGAGCUCUGGUGAAGGGCUGGAAGGGGCACCACAGCACCCCAAAAUCUGGUCCCCUAUUGCUUUUUGUUGCAUCAUCAAGGGUAUUGGCAGUAAGAAAUGUGGGCUCUGAUGCUGAUAACCUGGCUGCAAGCCUGUCGUGGUUUGGCUCUGGCCAAACACCAGGCACCCAGGAAAGCUGUUUGCUCACCUUCUCUUGCUGUCAGCUGGGGGAGGAGAGGGAAACAAAAAUUAACAAAGGGC